AUGUCCGCCCCUGCCCCCCAAACUCCAAAGACCCCCAAGACGCCAGUCAAGUCGGCUGAGAAAAGCGUGCCAACACCCAAAUCACCCACCUCCGUCAAGAAGAUUCUGCCUCAAAAUUCAGCACCAAGUCCCAAUCACGUCAAAAAACACGUUUCGAGGGGAUCCGAAGACGCAAAAGCUAAAACAUCUCCACUCGAAGAUAAGGCACAGCCAGACUCCCCAAAAGAACACUCUCAUCCGAAAACCCAUUCCGAGCAAGCGUCGAAGUCAGCCUCAGUAAUGUCAGAGAAAACGUCAUCUAAGUCCAAAAAUGCCGGUGACGACGGAGUCGUACCAAGUCCAAAGAGGAUGGUCAAAACGAAGCCAACUCCACAGCCCACCGCUGAGGACAGCACACCAAAACCUGAUCAGGUCAGCAAUGCUCAAAAUUCUCCGAAGACGAUGAAGAAGAAGCCCGCUCCUCCAUCUGCACCUGAAAGUGACCAGCCAAUUGAUCAUAAUGCGCCCAAACCCGAACAUCACGAUAGUGUCCAAGAUACUCCAAAAAAAAUGAUAAAGAAAAAACCGGCGCCUCCGUCAACACCCGAAAAUAACCUAGAGAAGAAACAGCAUACUCUCGAUGCACCUAGCCCUGCGCAACCCGCUGAACAGGCGGAUAAUGCUCCAAAACCAGCCAAAAAGAUGAUAAAGAAGAAAAGGCCAUCGUUACCAGCGGAGCCUGAGAGACCUUCAUCAGAUGAUAAUGAGCAGCCUGAAAGCUCACUACCGAAACAGAAACCAUCCAUCCCAAAAAGUGACAAUGCCCCAAAAAUUAUCAAGAAGAAACCGGCUGCUCCAAUUCCUGAACCAAAUUCUGAGCCAGAGGACGAAGAAGAGAGCCGCAAUGAGGAGCACGAAGAGGCACACUCAGAGGCACGCGGUGAGGGACACGAAGAAGAGCAAGAACACAAUAAAGGAUAUGAGGAAGAUGAUAACUUCAACGAUGACGAAGAAAGCCAUCACCCUGAUCGCCAUCAAUAUCAAGGUGAGGAGUCAGUGGCCCAGGAUGAUGAAUCCGAGCAGGGUCAAGACGAUACCGGGAUAGAGGAAGAAUCGGUACAGCAUGGGCAUGAUGAUCAAGAUGAGAAGGCCCAGGUCGAUGAACAAGAGGAGAAUAAUAGCGGCGAAGAGUACGAAGAGGAAGAUGGCCAUGAGGAUAAUGAAAACCAUGAAGAUCACGAGGAACACGAAGAUGAUGACGACAAUAAUGAACUUGCGGCCCUGGACAAGGCUCCUGAUGGGGCUACUGGCAUAGGUCCUACAGGUAACGUCGUCAAAGAAGGCCAGAAAGCGGUCAGGUCAGGCAGCAAAAUGGCCAAAAAUACAGCCGACAGUGUUCAGGACAAAGCUCGAGAUGGUGGUGACACCACACAAAGGAAAGCAAAGAACAUGGCUCAUGAUGUGUUAAAUUCUCCACAAGGAUCCCCGAAUUUCACUCAAGAUAAAGUUGGUGGUCCUAGCCACACGAUUGACAAGGCCCGGAAAAUCGCAAAAGGGUCAGCUAGCAAGGCCACUAAGUCUACCAAAGAUGCCGCUGGCGGCGCAAAGGAGAAAUUCGGCAGCUUGGGUAGCAGGGCCACGGAGGGUGUUGGAAAACAGAUGGAAGGUCUGGGGAAUACUGCAAAGUCAACUUCUGAUUCUGCAGGCGAUGUUACCCAGAAGGCCAAGGGCGGCAGUAGUAUGAAUAGACUCAAUGGGGUCUCCAAGGCCGCCGGCGAGGUAAAACGCAAGACUGGAGACACCGCCAAUGAUAUAUCUGAUCAAGCGAAGGGUAUAACUGGUAACAUAAUCCCAGGCGAGAUCACUGACACCGUUCAAGAUCCUACGGAUCUUGUUGGCCGUGCUGAAGGAGCUACCGGGGAAGUAACAAACAAAGCUAAAGAGACCGCUGAGAACACUGUCGAUAAAACACAGCAAACUGCAGGAGGCGCUGCCAGUAAGGUUAAUGGUAUUUCUAACCAGGCUACCAAGGGCGAGGUGCAGGCUACUACUAGACAAGCUGCCCAAGUUCUAGAAAGCGCCAAAGGCCUUGUGGGCAAUAAAGUCGACAAGUCAGGCAACAUCGUCGAUAGCUCCAGAAAAGUCCAAGGCAAAGCUACCGGGGAUGUGCAAUCCACGGCCGGAAAGAAAGCAAAUGAGUCCGGCGAAAUCGUAGAUGAAAAAUCUGAGAAAGUCCCUAGCAAGGUGAGCGAUAUUGGGGACAAACCCAGAACAGGCCGCAGUCUAUCAAACGUUCGAGAAGAUACAAGCCUACCAAACCUAAAAGGCAUGGAGAUCAUGCAGCAAGACGGGAAAACCGUCAUCAAAGCAAACGAAAGCGAACUUAGGGAUCAGAGUGGUAACUCUGGCUCAGGUGGGAUUGAGAUUGCAGUGGAGACUACUAAGGAGGGCAUGUAUCUUACGAUCAAGAUCCCAGGCAGCUUUCAGCAGCGGUGA